GUUGUGCUGGCGGUGGUGUUGGAGGGCGGUGGUGGUGGAAAAUAAUAAGCAGAAUAAGCUCAAAUGCGAAAGAGCAGGAAAAACAACGGUCCAAAGGGGGCCGGUCUUAGGAUCGCAAGGAUCGGGCGCCGCGAUGGGAACCGCAGCCGCGCCACAAAUACUCGCAGCCGCGCCGGUAUCGCUCCUUUUCCGCCUGUGCGUGAGCGGGCGGGCCAUAAGGCUCUGCCAGCUCCGCAAGGAACAGCACCGACACACAGCUGUCGCAGCUGCAGCCGCCGCGGCCGCAGCCCACGGGUCGUCCCCGCCCCAUCUGCCAACGCGAAGCGCGCGCGCGGGUCGCUCAAGGCCCGCAUCAUGCCCCAAACCCCCGCAACAUCGAGAUGCCCGUUUGGGCUGUACUGCGGUGGCUGCUGCUGAGCUGGCAAGCAUGUGUGUUGGUGGCUGUGGGCCAUGCGUGCUAGACAGGUGGUGCGGAAUAGCGUGGCAGCUGUGGAGAAUUCUUCGCUCCUGCGCCUGUCUACUGAUGGGGGGACGUGGCCGUUGCAGGUGCUAACGUAGAUGGCUCGGCAGCUUGAGUCGCGCUAGGAUGCGUGAGUUGGAUGUCUAGGACGUGGACAUGGCCGUGACGUGCACCAUUGUUGGUGCGCGUGCACCGAGCCCGAUGAUGGCCCUAGGCCUGAGGGACAUGCGUGAGUCUAGAAGUACCCCGGCGGGCAACCAACGGGAGAGACAAGCGGCCAAUUCGUAAAGACUUCAAGAGGUCAUGCACCUAUGGAUAGAUGUAAAGAAGCUGAGUG